CACCAACACAGACAGACUGUGACUUAUUAGUCUGUAUUUCAGCUCAGGAGUCACACCAAGAUGCAGGAUUCCAGCUUUACUCGUUGACGGUUCUCAAUAAGCGUGAGCUGGAUCAGUACUCAGUCCUCACCCAACGAAGCAGCAGAGGACUCACCUCCCGAUGCUGGUGGAAUGGUGGCAGGAGGACUGAAAAGAGCGCUGGACGGCUGGGAAAGAGUGCAACCAGUCUCCCAGGCCUCUACUUUGGACCACAGACCACAGAAGAAAUCUUACAAGAAACUCCAAGUUGUCCUCUGUGUUCUGCUUGUGGAGUUGUGUGAGAGGUUUACAUUCUUUGGGAUCGUUUGUAAUAUGAUUCUGUUUUGCAUCGUGAAGCUGGGCUAUGACAACUUCCUGGCUGCAACCGUCAACCUGUGCUUCAUAGGAGUCAGCACCCUGACUCCUGUUCUGGUCGGGUGGUUUGCAGAAACCUGCUUAGGACGGACUAAAGUCCUUUACUUGUGUACCUUUCUUCAUUUCUUUGGUACAGCCAUGCUGCCAGUGGUUGCGUUUCCAUUUGAAGAUUUCUACAUUGACACUCAUCACAUGACCCAUAAGUUGGACCCCAUUGGGCAGCAGAUCUUGUUUUAUGUGGGUCUCCUGGCUGCUGCGCUGGGCAUCGGUGGCAUCAGGGCCAUCCUCUGUCCAAUGGGAGCCUACAGCCUGCAGAGCUACAACCAGCACCAGCUCCUGUCCUUCUUCAACUGGUUCUACUGGUUAGUGAAUCUGAAUUCCACUGUUGUGUUUUUGGGCAUCGCUUACAUCCAGCAGUCUGUGGCCCAAAAUCUGGGCUUCCUCAUCCCCUUCACCUCCGUGCUGCUGGCUCUCAUCGCCAUCCACAUGAUGCGCAGCAAACUCACCUAUAAACCCAAGAGAGGUGGAUCCUUACUGACCACACUAGGAGUUUUCCUGAACUCUUUCAAAAUGUGCUGCCUCCGUCAUCGCCACCUGAGUGGAGAUGCAGUGUCCUGGCUGGACCGGGCCAAAGAGAACAAUGGUGGGCGAUAUAGCGAGACCCAUGUGGAAAAUGUCAAAGUCUUCACAAAGCUCUUUCCUCUCUAUGGACUUCAGCUGCUGUACAGAGUCUGCAUCACACAGAUUCCCUCAGGUUACUACAUACAGGCCAUGAACUCUAACCUCCACCUGAAUGGCCUUCUGCUGCCCAUCGGUGCCAUGAAUGUCAUCAGCAUCCUGCCUCUGCUGCUCUUAGCCCCACUGAUGGAGUUUGUGACAACCUACUUCCUCUCCAUGAAGAAAACUCCCCUGGCACCUGCAAGAGUCAUCACUUUGGGCCAUGCAUGUGCUGCUGUGUCUGUCCUGGUGGCGGGUUUGGUGGAGUUGCAUAGGAAGGCCCAUCCGCUGGUGGAGCAGACCCUCUCCGGGAAGAUUCUGCGUGUGUCAUCCAUGCCGUGUUUCCAGCUGGCACCUCAAUACAUCCUGCUUGGUGUGGCUGAAGCUCUCGUCACUCCUUCGUGUUCUCUCGUAUCCUUCCAGCUGAUCCCAAACCACAUCAGAGGGAUCUCCCUGCACUUCCUCACUCUGUCCUAUGGAGGGGGCUGUUUACUUGGUGCCUUUAUCAUUCAGCUUGUGCACUUUUGCUCGGGAGGAAACUUCUACCCAAACUCUCUGCAUGAUGGGAACUUUGAGAGAUUCUUCUUCCUUCUGGCCUCAUUGAUGACUAUAAAUACUCUUCUGUUCUGGAGAUUAUCACACAGGUACAUGGACCUGAGUGUUCAGGGGAAACCACUGAACAGCAGCUCUCUGUCUGACAAGCUGCUGCAAUACAAGGCCACACUGCGCUUCUACGACACUGUAGAACAUCACUCUACUGACUCUGUUUUAUGACCGCCUUUACUGAGGUCCCCUGUCAGUGGCGCUGGCGCUGCAUAUUUGUGUUUCCAUAAUCUAUA